CAACCACAAGACCAAGACAACAACAAAAACAACUGAAAACUAAAAGCAAAAACAACUGCGCACAACAUGGCGGAUCAAAGCCAAGAUAACAACAGUGCUGACGCUCAACAGACGCUGACCAAGACAGCAUCCUCGCCCACUGCCCUGAACGUGGUAACCAAACGUGCCACGCCCACUGCCCAAAUGCCGCAGCGUCAAAGCCAACUGUCGGAUAGCGGCGCCGAGAGCUGCGGCGACGGCGACGAAGCCACGCGCCUCAUACGCCAGCACUCAACGCGGCCACACAAGUUCAUCAUCAUACCAGCCACGCCGGGAGUGAGCAGCAGCUCCGAGACACCACUGCCAUUUCGCCAGGUCAACUCCACCACAUCGCUGGCAGCCAUGGCCGCGGCGCUGCACAAGCCAGCGCCACGUCAGCCCUCGAUCAAGUCCAGGCCUAGCUCGGAUGUUAUACAGCCGGCACAGCAGCAGCAGCUGUUGAUGCCGUUGAUGCCACAAGCAGCAGCAUCCACUUCAACGGUGACGUUUACUCUGGAUGAUGGCGAUACGGGCGUGGGUCCGACUGUUGCGUAUGCGCCACAAGUUUACUGCACGCCUGCCAUAUCGUCAUCGCCUGCUACGCUCACCUGCACCACCACCACCACCAUGUCUGGUGGCGAACCGCUAAUGGUGUCGCCUUUGAGCUACGAUCUGCGCUCACGCCUGGGCAGUCAUCACAGCAGCAUGCGCUCCGUGGUCUCAGCUUAUUUGCCUGGUCUUAGUGACAGCAGCUGCAAUCUGGCAGCGAUGGGCGCCAGUCUGCAUCCCAAUCCGCUCUACAUGCAGCCGCAAUCCUCGCUCAGAGGCAGUUCCUAUAACUUUCACGAGCUCGGCAAUCAGAUCUACUCGGAUGUAACCUCAGUGCGCUCGCUAGCCUCCAUUGGCAUUGGCUCCACCGACGGACGCAAGCUUGUCAUACGACGCGUGCCCACCACAGCCAACGAGCUCUUCGACAUGGUCAAUCCACAGACACCGCAGCCGUUGGGCAUUGAUGAUGAUGACAGCUAUGCGGACAUGUCGGAUGAGGUGGCCCACUUGAAGCCGCGCCAACAGCACUGGGCCAACAAAAUGCAGUUUGUCUUGGCCUGCAUUGGCUAUUCGGUGGGUCUGGGCAAUGUCUGGCGAUUUCCCUACAUGUGCUAUAAAAGCGGAGGCGGCGUGUUUCUAGUACCUUAUUGCAUAAUACUCUUCAUAUGCAGCAUACCGCUGCUGUUUAUGGAGUUGUCGGUGGGUCAGUAUACGGGCCGUGGUCCCAUUGGCGCCUUGGGGCAGCUGUGUCCAUUGUUCAAGGGAGCGGGACUGGCCAGUGUGGUUGUAUCCUUUCUGAUGUCCACCUAUUAUAGCGUCAUUAUAGGCUACUCAAUUUAUUACUUCUUCACAUCGUUCAAAACGGAAAUGCCUUGGAUUGACUGCGACAAUAGAUGGAACACGCCGGACUGUUGGGUGCCGCAGCGCAAAGGGCUGAAUGUGACUGCGCCGGACACAUCGCGCACACCCUCCGAGGAGUUUUUCGAAAACAAAGUGCUGCAGAUUAGCCCGGGCCUGGAGUUUCCGGGCAUGAUGCGCUGGGAGCUGCUGGUCUGCUUGGUCUGCGCCUGGCUCAUGGUAUACUUUGCCACCUGGAAGUCCAUUAAGUCGUCGGCCAAGGUGCGCUACUUCACAGCCACAUUCCCCUUUGUGCUCAUCAUCAUACUCAUGUUUCGCGCCGUGACGUUAGAUGGCGCUGCAGAGGGUUUGCGCUUCUUCUUCCGCCCCAACUGGUCGGAGCUGAAGGAUGCCAAUGUGUGGAUCAAUGCCGCCUCACAGAACUUCAACUCGCUGGGCAUCAGCUUCGGCUCGAUGAUCUCCUUUGCCAGCUACAACAAGUACAACAAUAACAUAUUACGAGAUACAGUGGCAGUGAGUGUGGUUAAUAUGGUUACCAGUCUGCUGGUGGGCAUCUUUGCCUUCUCCACGCUGGGCAAUCUGGCGCUGGAGCAGAAUACGAAUGUGCGCGAUGUCAUAGGCGAUGGCCCGGGCAUGAUAUUCGUGGUUUAUCCACAGGCAAUGGCCAAGAUGCCGUAUGCUCAGCUCUGGGCUGUGAUGUUCUUCUUCAUGCUGCUCUGCCUGGGCUUGAAUUCUCAAUUUGCCAUAGUUGAGGUGGUGGUCACCUCCAUACAGGACGGCUUUCCACGCUGGAUUAAACGGCAUCUGGGCUAUCAUGAGAUUGUGGUGCUGUUUGUCUGCGUCAUCUCCUGCUUGUUUGGCCUGCCAAACAUCAUACAAGGUGGCAUCUACUACUUCCAGCUGAUGGAUCACUAUGCCGCCUCGGUGACCAUCAUGUUCUUGGCCUUUUGCCAAAUGAUUGCCAUAGCCUGGUUCUACGGCACCGGGCGACUCUCGAAGAAUGUUAAGCAAAUGACAGGCAAGGCGCCCUCCAUCUAUUUGAAGGCCUGCUGGCUGGUGCUGGGACCCUGUUUGCUAUUCGCAAUUUGGGUGCUGAGCUUAAUUAAUUACAAGGAGCCCACAUAUCACAAUGGACGCUAUACCUACCCGGAUUGGGCCUAUGGCAUUGGCUGGAUGUUCGCCAGCUUUUCGCUGAUCUGCAUUCCCGGCUAUGCAGUCAUCAACUUUAUGCGCACCAGCGGUGACAGCUUUUGGGAGCGCAUUAAAGUUACGCUGCGUCCAAACAUCUACGAGUGCAAGAUCUGCGGUGAGCAUCAUUGCGAACACGACUAUGCCGAACAGGAGCAGUAUAUGCUGGCGCAGGAGCUGGGCAAUGUGUAUAAGCCCACUACGACGAGCACACGGCCUGGUUACAAUGCCAUGAAAGCGUCCAGCUCAAUGCCACAUGGCGCGCAUACAGAGUACACGUAUCAGUCCAAGGAGGAGCAAGCAGCGCCCACGUCAGCAGCAGAGCGUUGAGCAUCCAAAACGUAGAACGUUUCGUUUCCUGUUCAAUUUUGUUAAACAAACUUUAAAAGUAUUUUUUAAAUAAGUAAUUUGUUGUAAUAUUCCA